CCGGUUCUGCUGGACCCAAAUGAGGCCGACUCACCGCGGCAUCAACGCCCGGGGCCGUCACGUGACGCCCGCUGCCAUUGGCUGGAGCUCCCGUACAGGAGGAGCUGGUCCGCACGUUUUCCAGUUUGUCGCUGAGUCCUGGGAUGUAGCUCUGGGCAGAGCCGAGCCGGCGGGGAGUCACAGCUUCUCUGAGAGCCGCACGCAGCCGCGGCCGGGCGGCAGGGAGCGGAUUGACCGGAAGGACAGAAUGAGCCAGAACACCGCGGACACGCGCACGCUGUGCCUCUUUGAUGUGGACGGCACGCUAACGGCCGCGAGACAGAGAGUGACUCCAGAGAUGAAGGCUUUCCUGGAGAAAUUGAGGACUCGGGUUCGGGUCGGAGUGGUUGGCGGCUCGGACCUGAGUAAGAUCAAGGAGCAGCUGGGAGACGACGUCAUCCAGAAAUCAGACUAUGUUUUUGCCGAGAACGGCCUGGUGGCGUACAGACACGGACAGCUGCACUCCGUCCAGUCUAUACAGGCCCACAUGGGAGAAGAACUGCUGCAGGAUUUCAUCAACUUCUGUCUGAACUACAUGGCCAAGAUCCAGCUGCCCAGGAAAAGGUACGUUUUCGAGUUCCGGAACGGGAUGCUGAACGUCUCUCCGAUCGGACGCAGCUGCAGCCAGGAGGAGCGCCAGGAGUUCUACGAACUGGACCAGAGAGAGAAGAUCCGGGAGAAGUUUGUUUCUGUGCUGAAGGAGAAGUUCAGAGGGAAAGGGUUGUCGUUUUCCAUCGGAGGGCAGAUCAGCUUCGACGUUUUCCCUGACGGCUGGGACAAGCGCUACUGCCUGGACAUCGUGGACAAGGACAACUACUCCACCGUCCACUUCUUUGGAGACAAAACCAAACCGGGUGGAAACGACUUUGAGAUCUACAGCGACCCGCGGACCAUCGGCCACGAGGUGUCCAGUCCCGAGGAGACGCAGCGCCUCUGCCAGGAACUUUUCUUCUCCUGAAGGGGGCGCUGCAGCCUGAACUGGACCGUCUGGACCGGGUCGCAGGAUGAGAACAUGCAGAAGAUUAAAUUUUUUUUUUUUAUUUCUCUGGUCUGGUGGUCGGAACCAGCUGGGAAAUCUGGUCUGAUGUUCCUGAACUGUAAAUCAAUAAAACAGGAAAUAAUG